AUGGAUGAAGCGCAUCUACUCAGUCUUACUUCCAAUAUCGGGAUAAGACAGAAUAAUGUAUACGUAAAAGAUUCCCAAUGUCUCGGUAUUUUAUUUGAAUUUUUGUUGUACGAAACCUUCUCAUCAAGUUUUUGCUCGAAGAAACUCUACAAGAUCUAA